AUGGUUACCCAACCUAUCGGCCUCAAACAUCAGAUUCAUCAUGAGGAGGAAUUUAAAUUGGCCCUUUUGAGGGGUCCGAAGCUGACAGGCCCUGAAACUUUCAUCAUAUGGAACAAGAACCUGGUCGAGCAUUGCAAGCUAGGGCGCGUCUGGGGUCUGGUUUCUGGCCAAGACCAACUUCCGGUGCCCCGGAACCCUCUUGACGCUGUGCUUCGAGAGUCCCAUUUCCGUGGUUGGGAAACGCUUGAUUCCAAUAUCUGCAGGUAUAUUUCCAUGACCCUGGAUCGCCAAAUCAGUAUCCGUGCGACGGAUAAUUGCGCGAGGAUGUACAAAGAACUCUGUGACACUUAUCAGCCUAAGCCCAAAUAUCAUUUCAAACCUGGGGUUCCAUAUUGCCCGGAAAAAGACAGCUUAACGAUACUUCAAAUCACUAAGACGCUGUGCAAAUUGAGAUUAACGGACUUCGACUCGGUCGAGGAUUAUGCCCGUGAAUUUGUCCAACUUCAAAAGCGAUUGAACGCCAUCCGCUCCACCUGUCGUGUCCCGCAAUGGAUGUUGAACACCUUCUUUAUCAAUGGUUUAGGUGACGGCUACCAAAGUCUAAAAAUCUAUUUUGAGACUCAAGAGAGAUUCACCAAUCCCGAUGUCAACAUGCACUGGCCUGAAAUGGUCUCUUCAACCAUGAAUCGCGAAUACUCACUUAAGAAAGAGGAAGAGAGGCGGUCGCAAAAUGUGGCCGCUGGAGCUUCGCCUUAUAUGAACGAAGAUGGGUAUCUUUGUGGCGGGUGCAAUGACGGCGAAAUGCCAGUCUCGGACAAACAGUCGACAGAUUCCUGCAAAUUCAAAAGAAUAGUCGCUGAGGAUCCCCUUCCUAUCAUGGAAAAGAGAGCAAGAGAUGAAUCUUGUAACGAGGAACCACCGGCCAAACGCAUGCGAUGA